UUGCAUACAAACGGUGAUUCGGAUCGGAAGUCGAAGAUAAAUUCACCCUCCCAUAGCUGAACUUGAUUCGAAGCUUUGCACUUUUCCGGUCUCAAUACUCAGAACUAUUCGUCGUUAUAAAUUGUACGAAGUGCGUGGGAGCGGUGAAAUUUGUUUGUCAGAGAGUAAUUGAAUUUUCUGCUCGACAGCGCGGUGCCACCGGUAGCUACUCAAAUCUGUUGGUAGCAGUGAGCGUAGAAGUCGGUACUUUCGGCAAUGCAUUGUAUUUUCGGUUCAACGAUAGGACGCUUGAAUUGAGCUCAAUUUAGUCAGUGGGUCUAGGUCAAGUAAGAAGCAGGCCGACCGUUGUAGUUUGCGGAUGAUGUGAUAAUUGGUUCAAAUCGAUUAAGUGAAUUGAAAAAUACCCAUAGUGCAGUCACACAAAAUCCACCAAAAUGUCCUCUGGAAGUCCGAAGAAAGAUGUCAACCUGGACAUGCAACUGCUUAGCAAGUCCUCACCGACCAGAAACGGCGACAUGAUAGUUGACGAUAAUUAUGAUCCACAUCUCCACCGGAAUCGGCCCCAUCCAACGACAAACUUCGAGACGUUGGUACAUCUGCUGAAGGGAUCGCUGGGGACGGGCAUUCUGGCCAUGCCGCAGGCCUUCUACAACGCCGGCUACAUUUCCGGUUUCGUGAACACCAUCCUGAUUGGCAUCUUGUGUACCUACUGUCUGCACGUGCUGGUCCAGGCUCAGUACAUUCUGUGCAAGCGGCAUCGAGUUCCUAUUCUGACCUAUCCGAUUUCGAUGAAGAUGGCCCUCGAAGAGGGACCGGCUUGUUUGCGGCGGUUUUCACCCUAUGCCGUGGUUAUCGUGGACGGGUUCAUGAUUGUCUACCAGUUGGGGAUAUGUUGUGUGUACAUAGUAUUCGUCGCUACGAACAUCAAACAGCUUGUCGACGUUUAUCUCAACUUGGACGUGAAAAUCCAUUGCAUGAUUCUACUGGUCCCACUGAUUGGCAUCAACAUGAUCCGGAACCUUAAGAUCCUGGCUCCAUUCUCGACCCUGGCUAAUGUUAUUACGUUUGUUGGUCUUGGUAUGAUUUUGUACUAUGUUCUGGAUGACCUGCCUUCGCUGUCCGAACGUGAAAUGGUUACCGACAUUGGACGUUUUCCAUUGUUCUUUGGAACAACGUUGUUUGCACUAGAAGCCGUUGGAGUGAUUAUAGCCCUCGAGAACAACAUGGCAACGCCAAAGUCCUUCGGUGGAACCUUUGGAGUGCUGAACGUGGGAAUGUUUGUCAUUGUGGCUUUGUACGCUGGAAUGGGCUUCCUAGGAUAUUGGAAGUACGGUGCAGAAGCGUUGGGAAGCUUGACGCUGAAUCUACCGGAAAUGGAUAUUUUGUCACGAACCAUUCGAAUUCUGUUCGCUGUGGCCAUUUUCAUCUCGUAUGGAUUGCAAUGCUACGUUCCCGUUGAUAUUAUUUGGAACGUCUAUCUCGUACAAAAGUACAAGGAUUCCAACAACAAAUUUGUUUAUGAGAUGCUGGUGCGCAUUGUGGUUGUCAUCGUGACAUUCUUGCUGGCGGUGGCAAUUCCACGAUUGGGACUAUUCAUCUCACUCUUCGGAGCGCUCUGUCUGUCGGCACUGGGAAUCGCCUUCCCGGCCAUCAUGGAAAUUUGCGUACUUUGGCCCGACAAGCUGGGACCGGGAAAACUCGUUCUCUGGAAGGACAUCAUUCUAAUUUUGUUUGGCAUCAUUGGACUCGUUGCCGGAACCUAUACCAGCGUCCGGGACAUUAUCUACAGUUUUCAAUAGACGCCAGUAUUUUACCUAGAUUCAACUGAAGCAAUCUUCUGUUAGAACUACCAUAGUACAUCUCUCGUAACCGCAGAUCUUACCAAAACCAAAACUUUAAUAGAUAGGCAAACGGCUGUUACACUAGACGAGCAGUUCACGCGAAUAACCAAAACCCCGCAUAGACUGUAGAACUUUUGCUACCAAAGUAGUGAGAUUGAGAAUUUAUAAGCAGAUGCCUAGCUACUGGUAUACUGGUAGUGAAAAUGGGAGCUACUACUAGUAGAUACAACGUCCAAAAGACGAACAAUCAAAUGCUUAAGAAACGAGGAAAGUAUUGUUGAAUACGAAAUAAAAUGGCCUUGACAGCACCGGUAGUAAGCUGCGCGCGCGGUAGUUGCAAGUAUAGCCUAACGAAUUGGAACCGCUGGCCCACAUAUCAAUUGAAGUCAACUUUUGAAAAUUUAGAUUCCACUUUCGAGCAGCAGGCACAAUUCGGACAAAUUGUCUUCGCACAUUCUGUCACUGCAUGUACGGGCGAUAUUUUUUAUUCUUGAAUACAGCACACUUGUUUUUAGAUUAUAUUAAGCUUUUAAUUCCGAGGCUCUCAUUUAGAAGGAGGAACUUUCUCCAGAUAGUUUUAAUAAGCGAGCCCGAGUAAUUGUUUUUAUCUGUUGUUCAAUGACCAAGUAGCAAAUAAUUUCUUACAGGCCAAACGAUUCGCUCAAAGCGUAUAUUUUAUUAUCAUUCAAGUGAAUAAAUUUAAUAUGUACACACAAGACAAA